GGGUGGUCGCGAUACCAGUCGCUUGUCCCGACUCCCGACUUAGAGGGAGGAAGAAGGAAGGAGGGAGAAGGAAGGAGGGAGGAAGAAGGAAGGAGGGAGGAAGGAGGGAGGGAGGAAGAAGGAAGGAGGGAGGAAGAAGGAGGAGUGCGCGUGGGGAAUAGGAUGGAGGAGGAGGAGUCAGGGAAGGGGAAUGGAGCAGGCGCCACGUGGCAGAAAGACGUGGAGAUGGAUAUGGCGGCGGCGAUGGUGACGGGAAGCAGCAUGGACGAUGACAAGGUAGAAGGAGAGAGAGAGGGAGAGGGAGACGGAGAGGGAGAGGUAGGAGAAGGAGGAGAAGGAGGAGAAGAAGAAGAAGAGGAGGGAAAAGAAAGGAUGCGCUCUUUUGUGGAAGAGGCUGACGAAAUGAAGAAGCUGAUCUCUGCUAUUUCUCGAGCAGAUGGGGCAGCAGAUCCUGCUAUAUACAAGAGAAUGGAGAAUAUAUUGGAGAAGUAUCAAGAACAACCUCAACUUCUCGAUCCUCAUUUGGAAGCAAUCACCGUUCCGACGAUGGCUGCCCUUGAUAGACGAGUUAUGAAUGGUAUUGCCGCCGGCGAUGUCGGAGAUGCGGAGAGCGUCGAUCUUUCGGCUGUGAAGAAGCUAUGCCGUCUGAUGCGCGUGCUGGCCAAGGUUCGAGGCUACAAGACCGUUGUCAAGUUCUUUCCCAAUCAUGCCCGCCAGCUGGAGCCAGUGCUGGCACUUCUCCAGCGGUGCCACAAACUGUGGCGAGCACGAAGUGAACUUGAGGAUGGGGAGAUGGAGACCCUCUGCACGCUUCUUCUCUGGCUGUCCAUCUUAGCCCUUAUCCCGUUUGACCUCGCAACAGUGGAUACGGCACUGGCGAACAAACUAUACGACAAUGGCUGUGGCAAGGAGGUAGCGAAUGGAGAAUGGGGAGUGGAGGGGAAGAACCAACCACCUCCAUUGGUGGACAGAAUGGUAGCGAUUGCCAAACACUACCUCGGUUGUCAGGGCGUCAUGAGAGACAUGGCGGCUGUCUUGUUGUCGCGGCUGCUGACGAGACCGGAUAUGAAAGUUGCACUGAAAAGUUUCGUCGCCUGGGCCCAUGCAAUCAUCGUUGCGGUGCAAGGAGACGAUCCUUCAGAUCCUUCAUCAGUAUUAUCUGUGGUCGGAGUCGUCAACGCAAUGGUUCACAUAUUCAAGGUCGGGGGUCGCGAUAUACUUGCCACUGUCGCGGAGCAAUGUUGGUCAGAUGCAUGCACUUUGGCAGCGUCUCCAAUGGCGCAAUGCAGCUCACUUACCAUGAAGCUUCUGAUGAAAUUGGCGGAAAGGAUCAGCUUGACUUAUCUGCCACCGAAGAUUCCCACCUGGCGGUACAAGCGCUGUGAAAGGUCGCUUAGUCGAACUCUGGGAUCGAUCGGUUGCGGUGAAUUCCCUCACAGCCCUGCCAUCCAGUCAGAUGUUGCUGCGCGUGUGGAGAGGGAGAAAGCAGAUGUGGGUUGGAGACCUCCCUCCUUGAAAACUGGUGGGAUGAAUGGAGUGUCCGGCGGCGGAUUGGCACUUGCGGGGGGAACCAUUGAUAAUGGAGAGGAGAGGGGUGGGGAGGACGAGGGUAAUGAUGGAAAUGACAUGGACGAUGACGCGAAUGAUGACGAGGAUGAGGAUAUCCCUGAGGUGAUUGAAGACGUAAUCGAGCAACUCCUUGCCGGGCUACGAAAUAAGCAAGGAGAUGUACGGUGGUCGGCGGCGAAAGGCAUUGGUCGGGUGACUGGUCGGCUGCCCUUAUCACUCGCAGACGAUGUCGUAGCGUCUGUGCUGGAAUUAUUCAAGCCAACAGAAGGUGAUGGAGCUUGGCAUGGGGGUUGCUUGGCACUCGCAGAGCUCGCACGAAGGGGGCUGCUCCUCCCAGGACGCCUUGAAACUGUCGUACCUGUCGUUGAAAAGGCACUUCACUACGAUGUUCGCCGAGGCGCUCACAGCAUUGGGGGACAUGUACGCGAUGCGGCUGCAUACGUGUGCUGGGCGUUUGUCAGGGCAUACUCACCUGACAUUAUGCUGAAGCCAUUGACCCGGCUGGCACCGGUGUUGUUGACGGUUGCAGUCUAUGAUCGUGAGGCAGUCCGUGCCCUGAGAGUGUUUGCGAGGACAUAUCUUUUGCCAGCUUCGGCGAAUCGAAUCGAACUGUCCACAGCGAAGUACCUGUCGACUCUCCGGACUGAUCGGAACCCAGCAUCAAGAAGAGGUUCAGCACUUGCACUUGGCGAGCUGCCGUCAGAGCUGCUCCAACCGAUGAAAGAAGAAGUAAUCGACGCAUUGUGCAAUGCUACAGUGGCGAUUGAGGACAACCCUGAACAUUGCGAUGUGGAAUCGAGAGUGAAUGCGGUAUCUUCACUCAUUGCAGUGUGUGAGACUCUCGGCAUACGCGAGGAGAAGCAUGUUGAUCGAAAUGGAAAUGGAGAUGGAGAUGGAGAUGGAGAUGGAGAAGGAGAUGGAGAUGGAGAUGGCACUGUUGCCACAUGUGAAGAGAAUGGUGGAGAAGACAGUGUGUGUGGAGUGAAUGGAGAUGGAGUGGGAAGAAGAAGGAACAGUGAGAAGAAGGAUCAUGACGAAGGCCACUUACCAGUGGGGAUUGUGGGAAGACGUGUGGUGGACUGUUUGCUGGCUUCUCUCGAUGAUUACGCGAUCGACAAGAGGGGCGACGUCGGUUCAUGGGUGAGAAAGGCCGCCAUGAACGCCUUAGAGAGGUGCGCCUGGCUUCUCAGCAAGUUCCUAGAAAAAGACGAAAAAAGAAAAGGUGGCGAUGCGGAGAAGGAAGGGUAUCGGGAGAAGCGGGUAAGAUCUGAAUUUGCAAGCGAUCUUGCUUUGCGAGUUAUGGGUGGCGUAAUGAAGCAAGCUGUAGAGAAGAUCGAUAGUGUGCGAGAUGUCGCCGGGAGGAUGUUGCACAGACUUGUGCACACGCGACAACUGGCAGUGCUGAAUUGGCCACGGCACCGAGAGCUGCAGGCCAUCAUCCCAUCCAACCAGGCCAUUAACUGGAAGGCAGCAAGCCAGUCUUUUCCUAUUUUGGUAAAGAUCUUGGCCUUCCCAGAAUAUCGGCCAUUCAUUGUAUCUGGGCUGGUGAUAUCUGUCGGCGGAUUAGGAAACUCGCUCGGUCAGUCAUCGUCUUCGUCGUUGUCGUCAUUUCUGCUCGAUCACAUGACAUCUGAAGACGCUCGAAGCCUCGCGUUCGUGAGGGACUUUGCGAACGAGUUUAUCGUGUUGAUGAGGACUAAUCUCCAUUCGGAUCGCCUCUGCCGCAACAGGGGCCUUUUGGAUGCAGCGCCCACCAAGGUGAUGAAGAUGGUGUCCACCAAAGCCAGGUAGGUCCCUUUCGGGCUAGGCAGGUACUAUGGGUCCUCUGACUUCCAAUAGGUACAUCAAAUAAACCAGCUGGAUCUCG